UGGAGUGCAUUUGGUAAAUUCUUGAUCAUUUUUGGUCAAUGAUUUCUUGUUUUUUUUUUUUUUUAUAUUAUUAAAACCUUUUUCUUACAAUGGAGUGAUCUAUAUGUGGGAUUUUUUUUUUUAUUAUAAUUUUUUUUUGCACAUUCCUGAUUCCAUUGUAAAUAAACGUUACAAUGAAAAUGAAGGAAGAGGAGGUAAAGAUGAAGAGAAGUGGGCCAUCUGCUGAAAAGUCAGGAAGCUCGGACCACUAUGAGGACUGCGGGGCAGGUUGGGCACCAUGACGUCAUGGAGCAGGAGUUCAGUUCCGCGUUGACUCCGUGCUGCAGGAGCUGGAUGAAGUUGGCCGGUCAAUGUGUUUAUGGUAUCGGGUUAUGCGUUAAAGCCUUGAAUUCCGGCGACUACACUGCGGCACGUCUGUAUCUCCUCUCUCGGCAUGCUGACACGGAUGAGAUCCGCCGUUUCCCACAUGAUCGGCGGCAUCAUGGCUUCUGGCGGCGGCGGCGGCGGUGGUGCAAACGAGCAGAAAGACAACGACGAUGGAGGGACUAAUUUACCGCUGAGAUUCCCGUACUCCCGCCCCGAAUUCCUCGGCCUGAGUGCGGAUCAGAUGGAGGGUGUGACCGAUCACAUCGACAGACCCGUCGUGCACGUCAGGGAAGACAGCAGGCUGCCCUGGUCCACCGGCUAUGCAGAGGUAAUUAAUGCGGGUAAGAGUGCUCUGAAUGAAGACCAGGCCUGCUGUGAGGUGGUGGAGCUGAGGAAAAGACCUGCUGAUCCAGCCAGUCCUAACUACACUCCCACCACCAGGAGGCGAUCUUCAUUACCAACCAGAGAGUCUUUGGAGUCUAAGGACGACUCUGUCACUCAGGAGAGCUUGCAUGAGGAGGAAGAUCUGUAUUUCCACUACUGGGCGCUCUUUGAUGGCCAUGCUGGUUCAGGUGCCGCGGUCUUCGCAUCCAAGCUCCUGCACCUGCAUAUUGAGGAGCAGCUGCAGAGUGUGCUGGAAAUCCUGCAGAAGCCUUCCCUGCAGCCCCCUACUUGUUAUGGCGAGGAGGCCAGCCUGUACAUUCGGCCAAACGGAGGCUCAUCACAGCGAGCGUUGUCCAGAGCCGCGUCGCUGCGAGGUGCUGCAGGAGCCCCAGGUUCGCCUAACACGCUAACUCCACGAUUCCUAAUGGAGAAGAAAGUAAAGCAGGAAAGCCUGGUGAUUGGUGCAAUUGAAAAUGCGUUCAAAGAGAUGGACAAGCAUAUUGGCCGAGAGAAGUGUGUGUAUGAUAUCUCUGGAGGGUGUACAGCUUUGGCAGUCGUGUGCUUACUGGGGAAGCUUUACGUGGCCAAUGCAGGAGACAGCAGGGCCAUCAUUCUGCGUGGUGGGGAAAUCAUUCCGAUGUCAAGUGCCUUCACUCCGGAGUCAGAGAGACAGAGGCUUCAGUGUUUGGCUUUUAUGCAGCCUCACUUGUUGGGAAAUGAGUUCACACAUUUGGAGUUCCCUAGAACAGUUUGCAAAAGGGAGGUGGGAAAGAGAAUGCUGUAUAGAGACUACAGCAUGAAAGGCUGGGCAUAUAAAACCUUGCAGGAUGAUGAUCUGAAGUUUCCACUGGUUUUCGGCGAGGGAAGAAGAACUUUCUUCCAGUCAUUCGAUGCUCGGGUGUUGGCCACUAUUGGUGUUACCAGAGGACUUGGUGAUCAUGAUCUUAAGGUUCAUGGCACAGACAUCUCCAUUAAACCUUUCCUCUCCUGCAGUCCAGAGGUGAGAGUGUACAACUUGGAGCAGUUUGAGCACGGACCUGACGAUGUCAUGGUUUUGGCUACAGAUGGCUUAUGGGAUGUUCUCUCCAACAAGGAUGUGGCUGAGGCAGUUACUAGUUUCCUUGGAAACUGUGACCCUGACAACCAUCACAGGUACACAAUGGCAGCCCAGGAGUUGGUGAUGAAAGCUCGAGGAGUUCUUACCGAGCACGGCUGGAGGACGUCGAGCGGUAGACAAGGUUCCGGUGACGAUAUAUCUGUUUACAUCGUUCCUCUAAUGCUCGGCAACAAACAGCCACAGCCGAGGUGACCCGGGAUGGAAUGAAAUAUGGCGAUUCGACCCGUUUCAUGUGCCGAUUUUUGACUGAAUGCCUGGAGUUUACAUGUAAUCGCUCGGAAUUUUUAAACGAUACGCCCUAGAUGUCUACGAUCCACUGAAGCUACGAAUAAUCCCAAGGACCAUUUGUCAGUCUCGUUCAAGUCUUCCUCUUCUCGCCUUUCCGUCUAUGUAUUGUCUUUAACCCAAGAGAUUUAUGUUCGGUUUUUUUUCUCCUCUCUCGUCCAUUCUGUGAAUGGAAAUAAACGAGAAUCUUCGGAAUGCA